AGCUAGCAGGAGCGGAGUGUGCGAAGCCACAGGGCAGCUGGUCCACAUUUUGUGUUAUGUAGGGUCUCAGAGGCAGAACUGGCACCAUGGCCACGGACAAACAACAUUCACGGGUCUUCUGGAUUGGACGAGCGGACUGUUUUCUGUGAAUUUCUUUCAGUUUGUACGGCGCAGGAUUUAAGCUCCCCGAGGCGGUACUUCUUUCUACCUGCGGAAGGCAUUGUCUGUGCGUGCGUGGCGGCUGUUGUUGUCGGCGGCAGCGUCUGGCUAGCUGAGCCGCACAUCUCCAGCCCCGUUAGCAAGUUAGCAAGCCAACAAGCCAGCAUUGUGUGCUUACAUCGACGCUAAGCUAGCAGGGUUGCUAGCUUGGCCGGUUCGUGUGGUGGGAGCUGGUGUGUAGGUGAUGUUGUCCGUGCUGUCGUACGGUAGACUGGUUGCCAGAGCUGUCAUCGGCGGACUUUCUCAGACAGACAGCCGCGACUACAGCCUGGUGACAGCGAGCUGCGGCUUCGGUAAGGAUUUCCGUAAAGGCAUCUUGAAGAAAGGGAUGUGCUAUGGAGACGACGCGUGCUUCAUUGCCCGACACAGAUCUGCUGAUGUUUUGGGUGUGGCAGACGGGGUAGGUGGCUGGCGAGACUACGGCGUGGACCCAUCACAGUUUUCAGGUACACUGAUGAAGACAUGUGAGAGGCUGGUGAAGGAAGGACGCUUUGUUCCCAGCAACCCUGUGGGAGUCCUCACGACCAGCUACUAUGAGCUGCUGCAGAACAAAGUGCCACUGCUGGGCAGUAGCACGGCCUGCAUUGUGGUUUUGGACCGGCAGAGUCACCGCCUGCACACAGCCAACCUGGGAGACUCCGGCUUCCUGGUGGUCCGGGGAGGGGAGGUGGUCCACCGCUCAGACGAGCAGCAGCACUACUUCAACACGCCCUUCCAGCUGUCCAUCGCUCCCCCGGGGGCUGAGGGGGCCGUCCUCAGCGACAGCCCCGACGCCGCAGACAGCUCUUCCUUCGAUGUCCAGCUGGGUGACAUCAUCCUCACCGCCACUGAUGGGCUCUUCGACAACAUGCCCGACUACAUGAUCCUGCAAGAGCUGAAGAAGCUCAAGAACACAAAUUACGAGAGCAUCCAGCAGACCGCCCGCAGCAUCGCAGAGCAGGCCCAUGUACUGGCAUACGACCCCAACUACAUGUCACCUUUUGCACAGUUUGCCUGUGACAACGGGCUGAAUGUAAGAGGAGGAAAGCCAGAUGACAUCACAGUGCUGCUGUCCAUAGUGGCAGAGUACACCGACUAGAGUCCGUGUGGAGCUGUGACACAGGGGCAUCUGCCUCUGCAGGUGACGGACUGCUUUGAUUCCUGCUGGCCAGGAAGAAGGACUAAUGUCACAUGCUUCCCCCGCAUCCGCUGGUUCUACUCUGCCUGAACCCCCAACUGACCAUCACCCCCUUCAACCCCCUCCCAAAAAAAAAAACUCCUACAUGCGCACUUCUCUGUGAUCGUAUACAUCAGAGAGUGGCUGAAUAAAGAGGAGCAGAGGCCUGACACGUCCCCUUGGCCAGGCUGCAGUGUUGGCAUCUUUGCAGUGUUCCAGUGCUCAGUGGAUAAUCCCAUUGCCCGGGAUAAGCAGCCGUUGGGCACGUUGGAGAUGAGGAUCCUGUCUGACGAGGAUGAGUCGUCUUUCUCUGAUGGGUGGUGAGGGCAGGGAGGAAGUUGGGUUUCAGAGAUGGGGGCAGAUGUAACCAGGCGGUAGGUAUUAGACUGUUAAAGUGGCCCCACGCUGGGGUGCUAGAAGGGAAAGAAACAGUCCACCAGUAGUGUCAAGAAGGGAAGUGCACAGGAAAUGGCAGCAUUAGGGCUUAAUUAAUGGGCUACCUUGUGCAAGCAGAUGUUCUUCAAAGGGCCUGAAACCUUGUAUGUGUGUGCAGGGAGCAUACGUUGGAUAUAGGAAAUGACUGGUGUGCUGUUCUGGCAUGUUUUGUUAAAUGUUUGCAAAAAAAAAAAGUAGUGUAUGUGACAUUUAUACAUCUGUGGUUAGUUUCCUGGGGCAGAUUGAUCCAAUAAGACUUCAUGAAGAAGAGCGGCAGCUGCCUUUUCCAUAACCAGUGCAAUUCACGUCUUGCACACAUUUUGUUACUUCAUGGGAAAAGUAAUUUUUAGUUCAAAAGUCUCUCGAGAUAUAUAUUGUCAACUGAUGCCCUCCCUUUAAUCUCACAGCUGCUGCUAAAGUCUUGAUUGUGAUUACAAGUGAUGUGUGUAUGAACAUGUGUUUGGUUGAUGAAUGUACUCACAUGCUUGUCAGUGUGUCUAUUGCUAGUGUAGUGAGUGUGUAUGACGCGGAUGUGAAGGCUACAGACUUCUCCAUAUCCACUGGGCUGAUUUGGUCUUGCAGCCUUAAAACGCACAAGCUUAAGAAGCAUAUCU